AUCCGCACAUACAAUGAGCAUUACUAAGUAUUGAAGUAUGACUCUGUUACGCUAACUACAACUGCAGUAAAGAAUACUUGUAUAAACAAUUACAGUGCGAUGAAUUUAAUUGAUUGUGUACGUUAUUACGUGUGCGGUUUUGAAAACACAUGAAAAUUGUGUGCUUAAAAUGUGACUUGUUUCUAUUCAUCAGUUAUUAUUUUUAUACUAAUAACAAUAACCUUAACAGUCAAUAUGUCUGACGCAUCUCUAGUUAAAAAUAAUCCGGACAUAGCGAACAGACUUUCGUUCGCAGUAGUACCAUUUUCGAGGAGCUCCCCGUCGUCGACGCAAAUAUUAAAUCUUCCAAAUGGUACGUUGGCGGAGUUCUCGGAGGACGAGGAUGAAGGUGGUAUAGCGAAUACAUUAUGCGAGAUGCCCUCAUCAAUCAACAUCGCGGAUUCCAGCGACGUAGUGAUCGGGCCGGUGACCCAGUUCCAUGGACCAGUCACAAUAAUGCAGAAUACAAGAUAUCCAGAAAUUCCGUUCGAGACGAAGACGCAAGUGAACGUGCAAAAAAGUCCAAUACAAAAGAAGUCCCUAAUUCUGACAUUGGCUUUGGUCGUUUCGCUGAUUUUAAUUGUAGUCAUUGUGAUAUAUUCAGUGCCAAAGACGCAGCUGCAAGAAGAUACUGUCGAUGUUGUGAAUUCAACAAGUGAUAAUGGACCCGACAAAUUAGGUUCGCAUAGAGUUAUAAGAAAGAAUGUUUGGGGAGGAAGGCCUCCUGUAAAACCACUCAGGCCACUGAUACAUCCAACCGAAUACGUACUGAUCUCACACACGGCCGGACGAUUCUGCAGGGACAUCUCCAGCUGCUCAAUAAUCAUGAAAGAUUCGCAGGCCAGUCACGUGACAUCCAAUUCUCCGGACAUUGGUUACAAUUUCCUCAUCGGCGGUGACGGUAACAUCUACGUCGGUCGGGACUGGGAUUUCAUCAAUUUCCAUAGGAACCUGUGCAUUGCCAUCAGUUUUAUAGGCAAUUACAUCUAUGACGAACUGACGGACGACAUGAUUUCGGCAACGAAGGAAUUGCUGGCCGAGGGCGUUAAACAAGGCAAACUCUCACCAAAUUAUCGGAUUGUCUCGCACAACCAAACCACUCCGACCAUUAGUCCAGGUCGUAACGUGUACAAAGUCAUCAAAACCUGGAGCCACUUUAGACUUGGUAAUGUUGUUUUUUGAUCAAUUAUCAUGAAAAUGUUACAUAACGAAUAUUUUUGUAUGCGCUACCUUAAUGUUUUAAUUAUAAUUGCC